ACAUCGCGUGGCCAAAAGCAGAAGCAAAUUACGCCGUCAGAACGUCAGUGAAAGGCUUUUAUUCUGACAGCGCGUCCGACCCGGGUGUGACUGGCGAACAACUUCCGUGCCAGUGACCCGCUGAGCUGGCUGUUCAGCGCGGUGUAAUUAAGCAGCACACGAUGGCGGACUGGGUCGUGUUGCUCUCCGUGCUGGUGCUGUCUGCGUGUCCUCCCUCGGCGGCUUGGGACGCCGACAUGGAGCUUCUCGACCUCGUCGAAGAGAUCCCGGAGACCUUCUACCAAUUUUUGUCGGUGGAGCAGGAUGCCCCAGCAGCAGAAAUCAAGAAGGCGUAUCGACGCUUGUCCCUCAUUUUGCACCCUGACAAGAACAAGGAUGCAAAUGCAGAAAGCCAAUUUCGACAGUUGGUGGCCAUUUACGAAGUCUUAAAAGAUGAAGAGAGACGAAACAGGUAUGACGACAUCCUGUUGAACGGACUACCUGACUGGCGUCAGCCCGUCUUCUACUACCGACGUGUGAGGAAGAUGAGUAACAGCGAGUUGGCCUUCCUCCUCUUCCUCAUCCUCACCGUGGGGCACUAUGUCGUCCUUUGGUCCAUUUACCUGGAAAAACAGCUGGAUGAGGUGUUGAGUAAAAAGAAGAAAGAAAAGAAAAAGAAGAUCAACUCUAAACUGGCAGAAGAAGUCAAGUGGACAACACCAGACCGUCCCGACAGGGCUCAGGAGCGCCCCCACUGGCAGGACAUUCUUCCUCUGAAAGUCAGCAUGUGGAUUUACCUGUCAAUCAAACACGCGCCACAAACCCUGCAGGAGGUCCAACAGUUCUACAAAGACUACCAGCAGAUGAAGCAACACCAGAGGGAAGAAGAAGAAGCUCAACAGGAAGUUGUGACCAGAGAGAAGAGGCCGAAGGUGAAGAAAGCAAAGAUGGACUUUCCUGUUUAUGUCCCAUCAGAAGAUGAGUUGAACUUUCAAAGUUACCAGCAGGCGGCAUCCAUUGAGGAAGUAGAAGACCAGCUGGAUGAAUGGCUGCAGGACCAGAGGCAUGCCAAGAAGAAGGCUUCAGAGUGGAGCGAGGAUGACAUCAGCCUACUCAGCAGAUUGAUGGGCAAAUUUCCAGGAGGAACACCAGGACGCUGGGAGAAAAUCGCUCUUGAGCUGGGAAGAUCUGUGACUGAUGUGACCACCAAAGUCAAACAGGCCAAAGACAACGUCAACCUCAGCACAGGUCUCGUCAAGCUGUCUGAGUUGAAGAAGCCCUCUAUUCCUGCAAGGUCACUUCCUGUUCCUGACUGUGUGAUGACACAAAGAGUGGGCGUGGGCAGUGGCGAGCCGCAGGAGGAAUUGAUUCCGGUGGCCAAGAAAAGGAACAAGAAGAACCUGGUAGCAGCAAAUGAAGGGGAGCUCCGUGUCAGAGCUCGGCGACAGAAAGACUUCCACCCCGAAGAGGAGGAUGAGGAGGUAGAGCCUCAAGAGAACAAACCGGACUUGAUGGUUUGGACUCAGAACCAACAAAAGCUGCUGGAACUGGCCCUGCAACAGUUCCCCAGAGGAACUGCCGAGCGCUGGGACUGCAUCGCCAAAGUGGUGCCAGGGAAAAGCAAGGAGGACUGCAUAGUUCGUUACAAGAUCUUGGCGGAACUUGUCCAGAAAAGGAAACAAGCGAAGAGCUGAUGAAGUCUGACUUGGCCUCCCACUGUGACCCCCGACCUUCCGUGCAUCAAGUGGCUCCUGAUUGGAAGAUCGUGCUGUUUGUCACAUGACUCGGACUUCAUUGCUUUAUGUGCCUUAUGUCCUCAGCAUUACAGUCAGUGAAUAAAAAUAUUUAUUAUUAAA